CCUCACUUAAGUGUGGCUCGCUUUCUUCUUCUGUGCUUGGCUAAUAGAAUAAUAAAAAUAUGAAGCUUCUGGGUUGGAUGCACCGCAAGUUUUGGCAGAACAAUGGCGAUACUGGCAGAGACCUCGCCACUGUGUCCUACUGCUUACACUGCAUCUCCGGCAUGCCCUCCCCGGAGCACCUCCUCCCCAAUCCACCGCCACCAGUUCACCGGAAAGAUUUACUCCCGGCUGAAACAGAAUCACCUGAAUUAAACGCCUCCAUUCUCCUUGACGGCUUGCUCCACAUCGGAACCUUCGGCUCCCCGAUCCUAUUCCGCGAAAACGGAACACCUGCAAUCACAGCGAACGAAAUAGCAGGGAAGGAAACCGAGAUGCCAACGGAGAGCGAACUGAUAGCAAUAUCAGUGGAACUUGGGAAGGUGAUUGCCGAAGAGUCAGAAAAUGAGAAGAAAUCCGGCGAAAGGGUUUCGUCGGCGAGGCCAAGCUAUGCUGGUCCCUGCGGCGGGAAGGUAUCGGAUGUUUGCCCUCUGCAGGAUUUUCUGUUCGGGUCAACUGUUGAGGCGGUUGAGAAGAGGCGGCGGGGUUCGUUGGGAGAAUUGUUUAUGAGAAGCAGAGCGGCGGAGGAAGGUGGCGGCGGCGGGGCGAAGAGGAAAGGGAUUUUGAUUGCGGAUGAAGAAGCGGUGAAGUUGACGCCGGAGAGGGAGAAGAUGAGCGUGGAGACGAAGGGUAUGCUCAAGUUUGGUGGUGAGCCUAUUGGCAACGGCGGCUCUUGUGGAACGGAGACGAUUCAAAAUGUAAGUACUGCAAUUUUGUUCAUGGGACACGUGCACGACUGA